CACUCUGUGUCGCGGCGCCCCGCUGUCUAUAAAACUGGCUGCAGGCAAGAAACCGCGAGCAAGUCUCCCUUCUGUUGUAGUCUUUGAGCUUCUGGCGGCAAGUCUCCCCUCUGGAGUAGUUCGAUUUUCGAUUUUCUUCAGUGAAUAAUAACAACUCGCAACCAUGUCUCUGAUUUCUGAGCCGAGCUUCAGUGCCUACUCUUGGGCCAGUCAAGGCGGCUUCGGUAACCAGACCGUGGUGGACAAGGUGCCGCCAGAGAUGCUCUACCUGGUCGACGCCCAUUGGUACCAGUUCCCGCCCAUGAACCCUUUGUGGCACUCGCUACUCGGGUUUGCCAUGGUCGUCCUCGGCUUUAUCGCCGUCACAGGUAACGGGAUGGUCGUCUACAUCUUCUCCUGCACCAAGGCUCUGCGCACUCCCUCAAACCUCCUCGUCGUUAACUUGGCUUUCUCCGACUUCUUGAUGAUGUUCACUAUGGCUCCUCCCAUGGUACUCAACUGCUACUACGAAACGUGGGUGCUCGGACCUUUCAUGUGCGAAUUGUACGCCAUGUUUGGUUCAAUACUGGGCUGCACAUCAAUCUGGACCAUGGUGAUGAUCGCUAACGACCGAUACAACGUCAUUGUCAAGGGUCUAUCAGCCAAGCCCAUGACCAUCAAGAGCGCUCUGGCCAGGAUCUUGUUCUGCUGGGCUCACUCCCUCAUCUGGUGCCUCGCCCCCUUCCUCGGAUGGGGAAGGUAUGUACCUGAGGGUAACAUGACUGCCUGCGGAACAGACUACCUGACCCCUGACUGGAUCAGCAAGAGCUACAUUCUGGUGUACUCACUCUUCUGCUACUUCAUGCCUCUCUUCUUGAUCAUCUACUCUUACUGGUUCAUCGUACAGGCUGUCUCUGCCCACGAGAAGGCUAUGAGGGAACAGGCCAAGAAGAUGAACGUCGCCUCCCUGCGAUCCUCUGACGCCGCCAACACCAGUGCCGAACACAAAUUGGCCAAGGUCGCUCUGAUGACCAUCUCCCUAUGGUUCUGCGCGUGGACCCCUUACCUGGUCAUCAACUAUGCAGGCAUCUUCCAGGCUCUCACCAUCAGCCCUCUCUUCACCAUCUGGGGAAGCGUGUUCGCCAAGGCCAACGCCUGCUACAAUCCCAUCGUGUACGCCAUCAGCCACCCCAAGUACCGAGCGGCGCUCAACAAGAAGUUCCCCAGCUUGGUGUGUGGAGCGACUGAGGCCCCUGCCUCCACAUCUGAUGGUGCGUCCGUUGCUUCUGGAGCCACUACUCUGACAGAGGACAAGUCUGCUGCCGCGUAAACGUCCACCAGUCAACCUGCAACCGCCGCUCAACCCAGCUGAUCGCCCCGCGGUAUCGUCAGCUGGCCGCCAACCAUCUGUGAUGUCCACGGUUGCAAGCGAACCGCAGAUCCACCGGUUACGACCUGGCUUUGUACAGUAUGGACUUGGCAUUCGAAUCUGUAUUUAUAAGUUUUAUCCAUUAGAAUCAAACCUUGUAAAAUGAUGUUACCUUCUCCCUUUUUCUAUAAAUAAAUGUCCUAGCAAGUUAAA